GGACGAACGUUUACCACACUCUCCUCGUCGUCCUCGACAUCCUCCACCUCUUCAGCUUGUACCUGGACCGGGCUUCCAGUCAAGUCCUCUAGACCUACAUUAGUAUCUACACCUUGAUAGAUAAUGGCACAUUUGGCACCAUCGGGCAAGUGGGACGCGAGAUACCUCGGUCCUGUCCCCCAUGACGCUUCUUACUACGCAAAAUGUAUGCUAGGCGGUGUCUUGGCUUGUGGUUUUACCCAUGCCGGCAUUACACCUCUCGAUGUCACGAAAUGUAACAUGCAGGUCAACCCCGGCAAGUUCAAGGGACUUAUCAGUGGUCUCAAGACCAUUGCUGCUGAGGAGGGUGGAAAGGGUCUCUGGAAGGGUGUCGGACCUACCUUCAUCGGCUACUCUUUUCAGGGACUGUUCAAAUACGGUCUCUAUGAGUUCUUCAAGGAUGCCUAUAUGAACGGGGCCGGUGAAGAGGCUUCGAAAAAAUACAAGGGUGCUAUCUGGCUUGCUGGCUCUGCGUCUGCAGAGUUCUUCGCUGAUAUCGCCCUCUGCCCCCUGGAGAUGACCAAAGUCAAAAUCCAGACCAGUCUUCCUGGUACUUUCCCUGUGCCCAUGGGUGCUGCUUUCCGCGAGAUGAGGAGACUUGCCGCUGAGACACGUUAUCCCUUCGGUUCUCUCCUUCCCCUCUGGUCUCGCCAGAUCCCCUACACAAUGGCCAAGUUCUUCUUCUUCGAGUACAUCGUUGGUCUCUUCUACAGCCACGUCUUCACUGCCCCCAAGGAGACCUACGGCAAGCCCACGCAGCUCGGUGUCACCUUCGCUUCCGGUUACCUCGCUGGUGUCGUCUGUGCUGUUGUAUCCCACCCGGCCGACUCCCUUGUCUCACUCAUGGGUAAGCCUGAACACAAGGGCAAGGCCGUCGGCCAAAUUGCCUCCGAGGUCGGCAUCUCUACUCUCGCCACCAAGGGAUUGGGAACUCGUGUCCUCAUGAUCGGUACUCUCACUGGCUUCCAAUGGUGGAUCUACGAUUCCUUCAAGACCGCCAUGGGUAUGGGUACCACUGGUGGAAAAUAAACGUAGCCGUUUGGUUUCUUCUGUGCCUCGGUCUCGUAUGUAUCCCAAUAGUUCUACGCACUGUGGUGACUUUAAAGAAGGGGAUAGCUCUUAUAGAUCAGCUUCGUUACACCUCGAUGAUAUUCCUUUCGAAUUGUUGUCAUGCUAUCAUAGUCUUUCGCCUGGACAUACGCUAUACAGUAGAAUAAAACGGACAUACCCCGGCCGUAUCAUUACAUGUUUUAACGGCUUAGCAUUUUUUAAUAAGCGUGAGUCAUUUCACGUUGUAAGCA